CAUUAGGGCGGGGGUUGCGUUUGGCAUCCCGAAAGUCGAUUGGCUGCAAGGGCGGAAGAAAGAAUUGAAUAAAAGGGCGCGAGGAGGCAAAAUAGGGGUUUGUUUGUGUGUGUGUGUGUGUGUCAGGGAAAAGAUGGAGCGGAGCGCGGCGGAGGCGGCGGGAGCGGCUGCCCGGCUCCUGACUCGGCUGAAGGACGCACUUGCCUUUGAGGACCACAACAAAGAUGGGGCGAGGGCUGAGUUGCCCACCAAAGUCUGGACUGAGCAUGCUGUGAACACUAGAAAGACGCAGAAGCUGCUCUUCUGGCAGCUGCAGGUGGUGAAGUUCCUCCUGGAUUUCCUGGAUUCGGCCCCUGGAUUCCAAGAUGCCUCUUGCUCGGGUGUUCGAAACGAGAUGGCCGAAGCCAAGCAGCAGUGGAAGGCCCUCAAGGCGGAGUACCAGGAUAAGGUUGAGGCCAUCCGGGAGGCUGUACCCCAAACCCUGGCCAGACUUGAGGAAGCGCGCUGCAAGGCCAAGCUCUUGGAAGAGGUGCUGGGGCGCUACAGAACCAAGGUCAGCUUCAGAGUAUCUGUCCUCUUUUUGCCUGCAGCUCUUGGGGCACCUGUCCCUGCAAUUCCCCAUGGGAGAUUUUGGAGCCAUGGUGGCACCUACGUUGAACAUCUCAAAAAGGACACUAAAAAGAAACAGGAAAUGGAGGAGAAGGUGAAGAACGCUCAAGAGCGGCAUCUCGAGGAACAGGAGCGUUUGCGGAAGCUGUGCGAGCAGAUGGAAGGGCGGGUGGUGGAAAAGCAGGGCAGGCUGCAGAGAUACCAGGAGGAACUGCAGCGCCUUCAGGGAGAGCUGGAAGAGCAGGAGCUCCAGGCUGGCGAUUGGCGGCAGAAGGCGCAGACGAUCUCAGAUCUCCAGUGUUUCUUGGAGACGCUGCAGGGUGUAAAACUGACUCACGUUUCGGAGACUGACCUCGAGCUCGAGCUGACCUCCCGUUCCCAACCUGGGACCGCCCAGCCCCACAGCCUGAAGUUGGGCCUACACUGGCGGGAGGACGGCAACAUCUCACUGCAAUGUGACUGUCCUUUUGUCCCUCUGUCGGUGGCACUCCCCGUGGGCACCAGCGGCACCAUCAAGGACAUCCUUCUGGAGCUUCAGGACAGCUAUUUGCAGCAGGCGCAGCUCUUGGCUGAGAUUGAGUCGCUGCACAGCCGUUUUGCCAUUGAUUGGCAACCAGAGAAGAGGCUGCUGCAUUACUUGAAGCCGUCUUUCACGUGCACCCUCUGCGUGGAGCCGGGAUACCCAACCAGCGGGGGGAUCCGCCUGCUCUCCAUCAAGAGCCAACAUGGCGCGGUUGACGUGGCUGUCGUCAGGCCCUCUCAGGAAACGCCUUCCCUGCAGGACUGGCUGGAAUACCUCAGUGCUGUGGACUUCAGUGCCCCGUUCCUUGCCAGAGGAGCUGUCUGAUGUCCCAGGGUUAGGAUCUUGGCGCUUUGUCCCUCCACACAUUGCUUCUAAGGUGUGUUUGUGUGUGUAUGUUCCAGUGUUCUGUUCAAUAAAACGUGAAUGAAGAUUA